GCAGUAAUGGCGACAGUAGAACAGAAUGUGAAGCUUGAAACAUCUUAACUUGUGUUUGGGGCAAAAAUUCACAAAAGCGUCAUGGCUGAUAUGAAUAUAGACGCGUCCAAGCUCCCGGGAGAUAUUCGGGAAAAGCUAGCCGAGCUGGAUUUGGAGCUUUCGGAGGGUGACAUCACACAGAAGGGAUAUGAGAAGAAGAGAGCUCGCCUCUUGUCCCCAUACGUAAAACAGGCUGGGGCUGCCCAAGCGUUUGGGCCGAGCAACCCAAGCCCCUCGACAGCGGCACAGCGUCGUGCUCAACGCAGGCUGACAAGGGAAGAUAACCGCUAUCACUCAGAGAUUAGGACAGAAGCUGUGAUGCAAGCACUAGCCAUGCACAACAAGAAGCCAAACAACAUGCCUCUGCCGUCAAAACGCACCUCGGUCAACUACCACGGCCAGCACAGACGAGAGCAGCAUGGUACAGUCCACCUGUCCUCGUGCCUGUCUCAAGGUCACGAGAGGUUUGAGGACCCAGGUGGAGAUUCCUCCUCUGACGACGAUAGUGUGUUUGACGAUGAUACUCGUGACCGCCGACACGGUAGGAGCCGGGACUCCUCUCAGAGCACAUCCUCAUACACAGAUAUACGGGCGUCCCCCAUCCACCGCCACCAGGCGCAUCUUCUCCCAGAGCGUCCACGGAGUGCGGCAUACGCCAACAUCAGCAUCCCAGGGAACACGGCGCGUCAGGCACUGGCCGACGUUAUGCAGAGUGCCAGGCAUUCGCAACCGAUUUCUCAGCCUCCAGACGUCACGAACAACACAAGCCAUCAGAUCCAGCGUGCUGACAGAGUCAAUCGCUACGGCGCUGCGCACGUGUCGUCCGUGCGAAUGACAAGCUCAGGGAUGGUUACAGGUUUUGAAGACGAUUCAGGUGAAAUCGGUUCCCGUUAUCCUAUUUACAAUACAGCAAGGCAAAGGCAUGGAAAAGUGUCGGCCAAAAUACAGCAGCUACUUAACACAUUAAAGCGGCCAAAAAGGAAACCACUUCGUGAAUUUUUUAUAGAUGAAGAUGAAGCUUUAGAAGCCCCUCCUGUUGACCCAAACGCUCCAAAACCAGAAGGAGGUCAGCUUAUACCAGCCAUUGGUGAACAUCUAACAAUACCAUCAGGUCUACCUCGAACACUAGAGGGCGCUCUACAGAGGUACGGCUCGUCAACGUACAAGGCCAACUCCGUGACGGUGCUGGACCAGAAUGGAAAGCCCUCUUCAAACCUUACAUACGGAAAACUACUGAGUAGGACGCAUAGAAUAGCAUAUAAUUUACUACAUAAAAUAGGCCAGAAGACGGAUUGUCCAAUAAAACAAGGAGAUAGGGUGGCCCUAGUCUUUCCAAACAACGACCCUAUCUCGUUUAUAUGUGCCUUCUAUGGCUGUAUUACUGCUGGUGUUGUACCUGUACCUGUUGAGGUCCCUCUCACAAAAAGGGAUGCUGGAGGUCAGGGCAUAGGAUUCCUAUUGGGCAGUUUGAAUGUGACCUCAGCAUUGACCUCUGAACUGUGCUAUAAAGGUCUACCCAAAACUCCCACAGGGGAGGUUAUCACGUUCAAAGGUAUGCCCAGGUUGAACUGGUAUUUUUUAGAUAACAUGAGCAAACCUCCAAAAGACUGGCAGCCGACACAGAGACAAUCUGAGGAUGUACCAGCAUAUGUUGAGUACACGAACUGUAAAGAUGGCAGUACAGUUGGGGUGACGGUCACUAGGUCCAGGUUACUGUGCCAUUGUAAAACGCUGACAGUUGCCUGUAACUACACUGAAGGUGAAGUGAUGGUUUGUGUGCUGGAUUUCAAGAGAGAUGUAGGACUCUGGCAUGGAAUUUUAUGUAGUGUUUUUAAUGGAAUGCAUGUGAUAUUUGUCCCAUACUCUCUUAUGAAAGUUGGGAUAACAAUGGUAACAAGAUACAAAGCUACAGUAGCUGUGGUCAAGUCCAGAGAUAUGCACUGGGUACUGGCUCAGAAAGACCACAAAGAUGUGAACUUCUCCUCUAUGAGGAUGCUGCUUGUGGCAGAUGGAGCCAAACCCAUGUAAGUAAUGGACUUUCCCUGGUCACUGACGUCCUGUGAUUCCUUCCUCAAUGUCUUCCAAGGGAAGGGCCUGAAACCUGAAGUUAUCUGUCCUUGUGCUAGCUCACCAGAGGGCCUCUCUGUGUCUGUCAGAAGACCUGGCAGAACCAGCAGCAGUGCCACAGGCCGCGGCAUCCUUUCCAUGCAGGGCCUGAGUUUUGGUGUGGUACGGGUGGAUAGUGAGAACAGUCUGACCUCUCUUACUCUACAAGACUGUGGGCAGGUCAUGCCAGGAGCUGUAAUGGUGGUGACAAAAAUAGAUGGCAGUCCAUACCUGUGUAAGACAGAUGAAGUUGGGGAGUUGUGCAUACACUCGGGGUACACAGGCUCUGGUUACUGGGGACUUCAGGGCAUCUCUCAUAAUACCUUCCUGGUACAGCCACUGGGCAGUGAUGGCAUGCCUGUGGGAGACCAGUAUUUUGUAAGGACAGGUCUGAUUGGCUUCCUUGGUCCGGGCGGUCUCAUAUUUGUUUGUGGUACGAAGGAUGGUCUGAUGGAAGUGUCUGGAAGAAGACACAAUGCUGAUGACAUCAUUGCCACUGUGCUUGCCGUCGAACCAAUGAAAUUCAUCUAUAGGGGAAGGAUUGCGGUGUUCAGCAUCAAGGUGCUGAAGGAUGAAAGGAUUGUGAUCAUAGCUGAACAGAGACCAGACUGUUCUGAGGAAGAGAGUUUCCAGUGGAUGAGUCGGGUGUUACAAGCUGUGGACAGUAUACACCAGACGGGCGUGUAUUGCCUUGCCCUCGUGCCGCCCAACUACCUGCCCAAGACAUCUCUCGGAGGAAUUCAUCUCCAUGAGACAAAGAAGAAGUUUCUAGAAGGCUCCCUUCACCCUGCCAAUGUGUUAAUGUGCCCACACACCUGUGUUACAAACCUUCCUAAGCCAGAGAGCUUCACUCAGGUAAGAGGACUGUAGGCAGAUGUUGGUCCCUCGGCUGUCUAUGUUGGGAGCAUUGUACAGGGGGCAAGGUUGGCGUGGGCUCAAGGUCGUGACCUUGGGCUGUCAGACGAGGAGAGUGACCAAACGAGAAAGUAUCAGUUUCUGACUGAGAUUCUCCGAUGGCGCUCCCAAACCACGCCUGACCAUGUCCUCUUUACAAUGCUCAACUCCAAGGGACAGCCAUUCAUCACGAUGACAUGUUCCCAACUCCACAAGAAAGCCGAGCGGAUUGGCUGUAUGCUGAUGGAGAAGGGACGUCUGAACACAGGAGAUCAUGUGACAUUGUUAUAUCCACCAGGUGUUGAUCUUAUCUGUUCCUUUUACGGAUGCCUCUAUGUGGGCAUGGUCCCCGUUACCGUCCGACCUCCCCACCAACAGAACUUAGCCACCACACUGCCAACGGUCAAGAUGAUUGUGGAGGUCAGCAAGUCUGUGGCCAUCCUCACCAACGGUAUCAAUGGGAAACUGCUGAAAACAAAGGAUGCAGCAAGCGUUGUGGAUCCUAAAUCUUGGCCAACAAUACUCGACACGGACGAUUUGCCGAAAAAGAAACUGGCGGCGAUUUACCGCGCCCCCACACCAGAGAUGAUCUGUUAUCUGGACUUCAGCGUGUCGACAACUGGCAUGCUGGCUGGGGUCAAGAUGUCGCACGCAGCUGCAACUGCAUUGUGCCGUUCUCAGAAGCUGCAAUGUGAGCUGUACCCGUCCCGAGAUGUAGCCCUCUGUCUGGAUCCAUACAGCGGACUAGGGCUUGUUCUAUGGUGUCUGAGCAGUAUUUUCUCCGGCCAUCAUUCCAUCCUGAUAGCCCCAUCUGAAGUGGAGCUUAACCCUGCAGUCUGGCUCUCCGCCGUCAGCCAGUAUAAAGUGCGGGACACAUUCUGCUCCUACGGUGUGAUGGAGCUCUGUACUAGAGGCUUGGGAACCUCCACACUGACAUUAAAGUCAAGAGGAGUGAACUUGGGCUGUGUACGCACGUGUUGCGUCAUUGCUGAGGAGCGCCCAAGGAUACAACUGACCACAUCCUUCACCAAACUCUUUGCUAACUUGGGCUUGUCUCCGAGGGCGGUCAGCACGAGUUUUGGAUGCCGUGUCAACGUAGCCAUAGGUCUGCAGGGUGCUUCCAGUCCCGAGCCCACAACGGUGUAUGUUGAUAUGAGGGCCCUGAGGAACGACCGGGUCACCCUGGUGGAGAAAGGGAGUCCUCACAGCUUGUGCCUCAUGGAGUCUGGCAAGUUGCUACCUGGUGUUAAGGUGGUCAUAGCAAACCCAGAUACAAAGGGCCAGUGUGCCGACUCCCACCUAGGAGAGGUCUGGGUGAACAGUCCUCACAAUGCCACAGGCUACUACAGCAUCUAUGGAGAUGAGUCACUCCACACAGACCACUUCGACGCUAGGUUAGCCACUGGAGACAUCCAGGUGUCCUACGCCAGGACAGGAUUUCUGGGAUUUAUACGACGGACAGAGUUGACGCAAUCUGACGGAGAGCGCCAUGAUGCUAUCUUCAUUGUCGGAUCGUUGGAUGAGACCGUGAUGCUGCGUGGAAUGAGGUACCACCCCAUUGACAUAGAGACAAGCGUUCAGAGAUCGCAUCGCAAAAUCUGCGAAAGUGCUGUGUUCACUUGGACAAACUUACUCGUUGUGGUAGUGGAGCUUGAUGGAAACGAAAAUGAGGCCCUGGAUCUGGUUCCCUUGGUAACCAACGUCGUUCUGGAAGAGCAUUAUCUGAUCGUGGGGGUUGUCGUCGUUGUGGAUCCAGGUGUCAUUCCGAUCAAUUCCCGCGGCGAAAAGCAGCGCAUGCAUCUCAGAGAUGGCUUUCUCAACGAUCAGCUUGACCCCAUUUAUGUCGCCUACAACAUGUGAUUUGGACUCAGAGACAGUAGACAAUACAUCAAUGGGUCAUCAGGACAGUGGGUCGUAUAAAGUUUUUCAUAAAAAAAAAACAGAAAACACCAAAAUGACCACGUCAGUCGGCAAUAUUUUUUCAGAAAAAAAUUAAUGAUUAAAUUUUGAUAGGGCAGAGUAUCAUGUUAUAGGACAUCAUCAGAUGUCAGAUACAACAGACCAUAAUAUCAGUGUUAGAAUGUCCAUUUUCUAUUAGGUCUUGUUAGACAAGAGUGCUGGAAAAGUGAUCUAGAGCGAAAGAGAAAACAAACAAACAAAAAAAAAACAAGUUCAAACUGUGAAGAUAUUUUUCCAAAUACCCUUCUCCAUUCAUAGUUCAUCUGUUGCAUGUACUUUUGUGAUGAAAGGAGGUCAGAAGACAUGGUACGCAUGAAUCAGUGUCGUGUCAGUGAUUUGAGGUGCAAGCAUUCGCCAAGAUGCUGAGCCACACCACGGAGGAUAACAUAGGAGGAAUUAGUUUCGUCAGAAAAGAUUCAUCUCGUUGGCACCGGAUGAAAUUUGAAGUUUUGCUCCAAUGUCAAGUGGCAUCAGGAAACUACAUAUAAAUGUCACAGCUUGCAUUGCUUAUGUGGCCUCUAAAGCUGCCAUGGAAAAAAAGCGGCAUCCUGAGUGUGUCUCAAGGUAUACUGCCAGGGCUGAAAUAUCCUUGCAAGUGAUAAAAUAAGCUAACCUUCAGUCGAGCAGAUCACAGACUUCUUGCCAUAUAUGAACCUGCAUCUUUGUCCAGAGUCCAACUCAAGUGCUAGUAUUAGCCCAAUGUACCUGCAAGGGACUCCAGACGCUACUUAUCCAAAGGAUAAGCUACAUGUAUCAUUCAGUAAAGCAAAGCAGAGCAGGGCGGAAGAAAGGGACCAGCAUCUUGUCCAAAAUGCGACGCAAGCGCGAGUAUCAGCUCAAUGUCCGCGCAUGUGACUCUAGAAACUGGGUGUCCCAAGGAUAGGCAACCCUACAGUUUAGGAAAGCUCUGUGAAGAUAGAUUUCAAAAGCUGCAUGUGUGGGCUGGUGUUCUUGAUACGUGUGUACCUAUUUGUCACUGAGGUUGACACAGUGUGGAUGCAAGAACUCCAAAACUUUGGAACAGUGAUAAGUUAUGUGGUCCAGAAUGACAGUGUAAAUGCCUGUUGUUUAGUGGGGUCAUGAGCUGUUCAGAUGACGGCGACAAAAAAAAGAGCAAACAUCACAACUGCUGGCAGCUUUUUACUCAAGAAACAAUUGAGUUGUUGUCGCCUUCACCUUUUGGAAGGCAUCACGAGUCAAUGCUUAUUGGCUGCAAUGCAGCACUUAUAAAAGAUAUUGUUUGUUCUUCUCAAAUUUGUAAGAUUACAGAUGCAACCAAUAUGUGUUUGUCCUAGCUGUGUGGAGACGUUCAUAGAUUCGUAACAGUGCAGCAGUGGAGCAAACCAUUGUCAGUACAAGCAAUGCAGUGAGAAAAAGUGACAGCUGCCAUGUUGGAUGAAUUUGGUGUUGAUAGACAUGAACGGAGACAGAACUGCAAUCAUUCAUUCUCACUGUAAAAAAGUAAACGGCGAUCUGAGAUGCAACACUUUGUGUACAUGUAGAUACAAUUUUAACAGUGGAACAUGUUUUUGUUUGUUUUUUUUUUUUUAAGUAUCAGCUUUUUGUACUUUGUAUUAUUCUGAAUGGAGAUAAACCGUGCAAAGGCGAUAAAUGUUGUGUUUGCACAAUGGUUUUGGUGUCAGAUGUGGGAUACGCAAUGUUCCUGUUCGAUAACAUUGUCAUUUUUGUGUAUUUCAUUUGACAUUUGGGCUAACUUAAGUUUAGCUUGCUUUUCUGUAGCUUUUCUGCAACUGGGUUUAGAAAAAGUAACCUGGAAAUUCUAAUAACGUUUCAUGACUGGAUAUUAUGAAAGGUUUCAUGGUUUUAAUUUCCAGCGGAACCGAGGUUAAAUCGAGUUUAUACUUCACCAGAAGAAACCAACUUCUGACACUAUGAUGUUGGUUUCUUCACCCGGAAGUACUAACCACAUUUUGUGACCUUGAUGAAGAGUCCUUGAUAAGGUGAUGAUCUUCCUGCUUGCUGUGGACAUCUUUUAUUUUUUAAUUUUUUGGCGUAUAAUACUGUAUCCCGUAGAUAUGGCAUAAUAAUGAUCUUAUAGUGUACUGAUAUUCACGUGACUUCAUGUAGAAAUAUGUCUGAAUGACCUGUUUCAAAUUUAUGCAACAUUGUUUAGAUUUGGUCAUGGCUUUGGUCGGCUAUCUUGCCAUUCGUCAUAUUCUUGUUGCUAUAUUUUGAUACUCGGGACUUCACUAACUGGGGAAAAGCUAACUGGACUGCGGGUAUUUUGCUGGAAAUGAAAGGUGUGAAAUGAAGGUACAUUUCGAUGGGUUUUGGAGUGUCACAAUUGAAUCAUAUAUGAUGAUGGUGAUGAUGAUGAUAAUAAUGACUGGAUGUGUAUCAUAGGUGUCCAAGGGCUUUCUGUUUGUCGCAUGCAUCAACGUGUUUGUCAACUGUGGUAGAUAGUGUUGUCAAUAAAAAUGCAAGAAGGUGAAGUUAAAACUAUACAGCGAUGUGUGAAGCAUGUUGAAAACCCUGCAUUUAAGGUUUGAAGAAGAGAAUGAAUCUGAAUUUUUUUUCUGUGUUGCUUUUCCUUCAUGUAAGCCUGCAUGAAAAUGGCAAAAUAAAGUGAUAAAAUAUGUGCAGUUGGUAGAAAUGACUAGAAUCUUUCUUGUGAGGUUCAAUGUGAAGAGGGUAGCAAAAGCAUUGGAUCUUCUGAUUUUGUAACUUGCGCAUUUAGUCUCACGUGUGUGUGUGUGUGUGU